GCCAACGAGAAGAAGGUCCAGGACCUCAAGGCCUUCUUCCGCUCCCAGAAGGAUGUGGCCGGCAAGACGAAGGCGGACAUCGUCAAGGAGAUCUUCAAGGUCAUGCCGAAGUAUUCGGACACUCCGAUGCCGCCCUUGGACGAGGAGAUGCUGGCCGACCUGGCCAAGAUCCCUGCCAAGCUCGAUGGCGAGUUCAAGCACAGCUGGGGCACCGCAGAGAAGCUCUACAAGUCCGAGGCCAUCGACUCCUUCGGCAACAAGUACCUCCUUGGUGUCUACGAGACCGUGAAGGAGGCCGAGAAGGCCUUCGACGAGUGGAACAAGGAGUACGAGCAAGCCGGCGCCGAUGUCAAGGAGUCCCUCAGUGGCUGGGCCAAGCAGCAGGAGGCAGCGCUCGCCGAAGACCAGGACGAGGUGGACCGCCUCCGCAAAGCGCUCGAGGAGGCGCGCCGCUGA